GGUAAGCCUCACCCCUCUCCCACCCUCAUUUUCGGCCAAGAGAACCCAGGAAGAGCAAGAAAAACCACCCAGCCUCCUUCCUCCAUUGUUGAAGAAAAAUCAUCAAGGAAGAAUCACCCAAAAAGGAGCUAAAGUGCUAAAAGUGUGAAAUAACUAAGGCACUUGUAAAGGGUAUUUCAAGUGAUUUCACAAAGUUGGUAAAGUCGCCGGAGUUGUCGCCGGAGUUGACCGAAAGUCGCCGGAGUUUCACCGGAGUUCAACCAAGAGGGGUAGAACUUCAUAACGCUAGUUCAAGGUUGAAGCUAGAGCUUGCUACUUGCACCUUCUCACGGGUGAUAUCAAAUCAGGGAGACGUGGUUCGUGCUUCCUUAUUUUCGUUCAAACUACCGAACACUUGCUCAUGGAUAUUUAUUUUACCAUAAACUAUUUUUGGGGCUUGCAUGCCGAUGUUGUUGGCCGGUUGUGGUCCAUGACUUACCGUUGAAUAUUUCCGCUAUUCAUUGGUUUAAAUGUGAUGUUGUUAUGUAUGUUUACUACUGAGUAUGGAUGGAUUGUUUUCUCGAACGCCUUGUGUAAUUAAGUGAGGUUGACCCGUGGGUGACGUCACUUAGUUAUACGGCGGUUGUACACGCGCUUGGAUUGCGGUCUGGGGCGUGACACCGGUGCAUGACUUUCAACUGUCUUCUCAGAGAAGUGGAUCCCAUGGCCGGGAUUGGGCAUCACCGAUGGAUCUAUGUUCGGAUAUCUCGUCCCGCCAUCGUCAGGCAGUUUGGCAAUCGAUCGGGCGGUCUCCAGGCUUGGAAUAGAGAGCAGAGUAGUUGUUUUAACACUGUAGCUGAGUAGUGCUUUUGAGCAAAGCCGUAAGAAACGACGAUGGCCGUAUUCAUUCUGAGUUGCUAGUCAUCUCUCUGAGAAUCAGUGUUGCCUUCUUCCAUAUUGGAAUUGGUAUAGAAACAACGAUGGUUGUAUUCAUUCUGAACUAUACCCCUCUCAACAAGUAUAAUAUCUUCUCUAGCUACAACUUUAAGUGACUAUAGAAAUUGAUUUUUUCCUCGACAAGUUGGUUCAAUUAGGAAUUAAAGUUCUACCUUUUGAAUUCCACAGAUUUGAUAAGCUUUCGCUACAGGUUAUCUACGAUUUGAGGAACAUUGGUUCAUUUAAUCUCAAAUCUGGCUGCUGCAAUAUUUUUGUAUAUUAGGAGGAAAAUGGAUUCAAAUGUAGUAGUGAGAAAAUAAGAGGCUAGCCGCAAAGUGAGAUGAGGAUAAACCAGAUGAUGAAUCAAAUUGCAGUGACUCCUAUUUUAUUCACUAAUAAUUUUGUGAACCUUAUUUAUGUUGAUAACAUUUAGCACAACUAAUUGUUAAUAGGGAUUAAAUUACACAUCAUAAAAUUCCAUUUUAUUCUUCAUCUUUUUCAAGGUUGUGAAUGAUAUUUGUAUAUUGACAUCCUUUAGUAGAGUAGCUUCUUGUGAUGGGACUGUGCAUGUUUGGAAUGGAGGAAAUUGGCUUAUGUUUUAAUUUGUAACUAGAUAUGCUUUGUAACUAGAUGUUUGUGUUUGGAAUGGAGGGAAUUGACUUAUGUUUUUAGGUUGACUAGACUGUGCGAGACUACAAACCUUUUUGAAAAAAUACCAUCAAUGAUGGUUGUUACUGGGAUUUAUGAGAACAGUAAGGGUGAUGUAAAUGCUAAAGAAUCAGAAGCUCAUAUCAUAAAUGGAGAUGAUAGUAGUCAUAGUACAAAGCAGAAAUCUGAAUUGUCUACUGACUUCAUGCAUGAAACUGUUUCUGAUGACCAUCCUUCUAAUGACUCAACUUUCACUGUCUUUAAUUCUUUUCCUCUCAAGUCUCAAACAUUGCCCUGAAAAGAUUGGGCUGUUCAGCUUAAAAUCUGUAAUACACAUCAGAUUUUAAUUGACUCUGGCUUUGAGUCUUUUAAUUGGUAAUUGCAUUAAAAGAAUGGAGUUGUACAUGAAUUCAACAAAUUGUUUUUUCUGAACUUGCAGAAGAUGUUGUCAACAUAAAAGAGCAAUUCCAGUAAUUCUCAAGCUCCUAAAAACUUUGUAUAUUCUAUAUAAAUAUGCCAGGCUCUAUUUUUUUAAAAUUACUUAACCUUGUUGAUGUUGUGGUCUGUGGUCUCUAUUAAAGAAGGAAUAUAUAUUUCCAAUCAGAUGAUUAUGAAAUAUCAGAAAAAUGAUAUACCUACUUCUAUUUUACUAAUUUAUCUUUUUAUCCACCAUUGCAAACAAAAUUCACAAACUCAUUUUUUUGUUUCUUUUUGUUGCUUUUGUUUCUUUUUGUUUCUUUUAUUGUUUUUUAAUUGUUUCUUUUUGUUGUAUCGUGUUUCUUUUUGUUGCAUUAUGUUGCUUCUUGUUUAUCAUCUUCAACUGUGUAUCUUUGUUGUUUAUUUUUAUUUAUGAUUCCAUUUGUAUGUGGUAGUUUGAUAUGUAGAUGUGUGUAGGCAGUAGGCAGUAGACAUACACCUAUGAUUCCAUUUUUGCAUAUUAAACUAUUGCUGUACAAGGUGUUAUUCAAACGGUCUCCUGCCAUUUCUAUUGAUUUUUAUGGCAGUUUCCGUGUUUAUUUUCUUGAUUAUAUGGUGCUGCGUUAGGAGUUUUGCAAGUAUGUACUGAUAUGCAAAUUGUAGAGUGGUGAUUUGCCUUGUACUUUGGUGAUAGAGGUGGAGUAAUUGUGGAGUGCAUGCUGCUGCUGUUGGGGCAGUCUCUCCCAGUCAGAUUAUGCAGAUUAUAUGAUGGUGAUGAUGUUGCUUUGGGCAGACUCUGCCGGUUAGAUUAUGCGGAUUAGAUGGUACUGCUGGUAGUUCCUUUGGGUAGAUUAUACACUGGGAAAAUUGUUUGAGGUUGUUUUAAUUGUAAUUUAGUGCACUAUGAUAGUGCAUGAAACAUUGACUUUUUAUGCUCUUGCGGCUUAAGUAGAAGUAUCAAGUAUGCCCC